UCCUUUCCCGGCCCCUCCCACCGAGGAGGCAUAAAAAGCCGCGAGAAGCCGGAGAACGGGGAGGACCGCACGCACACGGGCAGGAAAAAGUUGUCAAAUGUUUGGAGGGGGACGCCGCGAAGCCACGGAGAGGAGACCCCCCCAAGACGACGACGAGGGGAGAGGAAGAGGAGCUCGCCUGGCACUCUCUGGCGCAGGGGGGCUCGUCCGCCGCAAAAUGUCCCGCAGAGCGGCGCUGGCCUUGCUCAUCUACGGCAUGGUGGUGCAGCGGGCCGCCGGGAGCGGAUCGCACGUGGCGCUGGGCUUCCCCGCCGUUACACUUGAUGGCGAAGUGUACGACGUGGACGGGAACUCGCUGCCGUCGCUGGAUUACGACCGGCAGCAGCUGGAGGUGAGAAGCCCCCCAGCGGGGGCGGACGACGUCUACUCUUUGUAUUACCCGCCGCCGGACAAAAGGUAGGCAAUCCGGACUUAUAUUCUGUCGUCUUUACAUAUUGCAUUUGAUUUGAUUUGAUUUUUUUUUUUUUUUUUAGAAUUCUUUCGUGUUUGUAUUAUUAUUUAUCUUAAUUUGGGGCCGUGUUGCUUUGAUUUGUCUUAAAAAAGGGAAUUCUAGUCUAUUUCAACCUUUUUCCAUUUUUGGGGGGCUUUUUGUUAUUUUCUUAGGAUUAUACUUGUCUCCCUUUGAAUUGCCCUUAUUUUAUUACAUUUCUUUUGAAUCUUGAUUUUUUUUUUUUUUUUUUUACCUCUACUUCAUUCUAUAUCUUUAGUAUUUUAUUUUGUUUAUUUUAAUGUAUUUAUCCGUUGCUACAUUGAUGCUCCUCUUUAUUUAAUGAUUUCAUUUUUUUCCUUUAAUUUAUUUUGUUGUAUUGAUUUUCAUGUUAUUAUUCUAAUUUUUAAAAUUUCUUUGAGUCAUUGUUUUGCAAUUUCUUAAAUUUUAAGCAGAUCAGUUUCUUUUUCUUUUAUGUAUUUUC